AUUUAAAAAUUUUUUUUGAGGCUAAGUUUUAUUCUUUAAUCCAAAAAAAAAAAAAACAAAAUAUUUAAUUAAUUCACGUUAAUCACAAAUUAUUGUAAAAUAUGAUACGAAGACAAGCUAGAUUGCGUCGGGAGUUCCUAUAUAGGAAAUCAGCAGAAAUUAAGCAUUCCAAAAUUCAAGAGAAAAAAAAUAAAAUUAAAGACAGUUUAGAAAAUAAUCAUCAGAUCGAAACAGAUUUGCAGAAAAAUGCCCUUGUCUUACAAGACAAACUGAAAUGGGAUUCAUCAAUUUCUAAUAUUAAUAACGAGGAACUAGAUGAUGAGUAUCGUUUUGCAGGUUGCGAAGAUCCAAAAGUAAUGAUUACAACGUCACACAAUCCUUCGGCCCGUCUAAAAAUGUUUGCUAAAGAAAUGAGAUUGAUAUUUCCGAACGCUCAACGUAUUAACAGAGGAAAUCAUGAAAUGAAACAAUUGAUGCAAGCAUGCAGAGCUAAUGAUGUAACUGAUUUUAUCAUCAUACAUGAGAAUCGUGGUGUACCAAAUAAUAUUGUUAUAACACAUCUACCUUAUGGUCCUACAGCUUUCUUUAGUAUAUCUGAUGUUGUAAUGAGACAUGAUGUAACAGAUGUUGGCCCAAUGAGUGAACAGAAACCUCAUUUAAUUUUUCAUAAUUUUAAAACAAAAUUGGGUAUACGUACAAAAACUAUUUUGAAACACUUAUUUCCUGUCCCAAAAAGUGAUUCAAAACGUGUAUUAACUUUUGCUAAUCAUGAUGAUUAUAUCAGUUUCCGUCAUCAUACGUAUGUAUAUGAAGAGAAACAACUAAAAUUAACAGAAGUUGGACCGCGUUUCCAGAUGAAAUUAUACAAAAUUAAAUUAGGAGCGUUAGAUGAAUUAGAUGCCGCAGAUACAGAAUGGAUACUUAGGCCUUAUAUGAAUACAGCUGUUAAAAGACGUUUUUUGUCAGACGAUGAUGGAUGGAACCAAGAAGAUGAUGAUCUUGAGUAAAUUUUACCCUUUUGAUCAUGACACCAUUUAUGAUUAAAACUACCAUAUAUUAAAAUUAAACAUAUUUUAAUAAAAUUAAUUUUAUUUAUAUGAGUCUGUGGAUAUUUAACUUAA